CCGCGACGCGGUGCGCACGCGACACCAUGCCCAGUGCGCGUUGACUCCGCAAUGCUCGCGAUCGCGAUUGUGAUUGUGGCGUGCGCGCUUCCCGCGUCGGCUUACGACUUCGCGUCGGCGUGCACGCGGCCCUACCGGUCGACGCGUGCGCACGCCGCGCCCGACGCGCCCUGCGACCUGACCAAGCACGCGUACUGUGCUACGCCUGGGAGCAGCUACCCUUGGCAGGCUAUCAGGAGAUUCGUAAGAGAGAAUCAGGGCCUCAUGAGAAGAAUGUACGGAGAGGAGCGUCACAUCUCUGUCCUGAAAGCAGAGCUAGACAACUUCAUAGAAGACGACGACUUAGACUCACCGCCUGAUUUCGCGGAGGACAUCAUCAAAACCAAGAUGAUGUACAGCAAGCGAGGACGUGCCAUGAAAGACAAACCCCACUUCAGACCCAUCCAGAGUAGUGACAAGAAAAAAGUUGAAAACGACUCCUUAAGAGUUAAGCCUUUAGAUGCUAGCGGUAAUAGUACCAAACUCAACAGGGUAGAAACUGGUAAUAAAACAAGCUCUACUAACAACGGGACGCAGAGUGGCGAUAAAGGGAUAUCAUACAAAACCAAACUAGAGAGUAUAGCGCACAUCGAGAUCAAUAACCUAGAUCCUGAUGUCAUCACUUUGGAUGCAGUUAUCAAACAAAGUAUAGAAACAAAUAGCAUUUAUCCAAACAACUCAGAUAAUUCUAAGAGCGAAGCUUUGCGUGGUGGUGGGAAUAAUAACACAACAACAGAAUCAGAUAAAAACAUUACUUUGACUACAGAACCGUCCAUGAACGCUACGGAGACGACAACUGUAGAUCAGUACGAUGAUACGACUACAGAAUCGGAUAAAGGCGGUUGGAAAGCUAUGAAUCCUGUUCCAGAUGCGUCGACACUGCCCCCGACGCUGUUGUUCUCUGAGCACGAGAAGGUGAAAGUGGUGGACCGGGUAGACACGAAAGUGAACGACAAGAAAGAGGAGCCGCCAACGAAGCCCACGCACCAGCAAGAGAAGAUACGGCCUUCUGUUAUUAAAUUAAGAGGAGCAAAUGCUUGUGAGACAAAGGAGGAGCUUCUAGCGCCAUUUUGGGCGAACAACACCCGCGGUGAGAAGCUGGUGCUGGUCAACAUGUACCCGUACGAGCAAUACAUCCACCUGGAGACCUGUGUGCACGAGCGCAAACAGAUGUACUGCCGAGAAGGAUGCAGAUGCGAGCAGCACUACCGCCUGCACCGGCUGCUGGCCUUCGAUCCUCACAACCCUUGCCGGGGCAUCUUCUCCGACUGGUUCAAGUUCCCGGCGUGCUGCGUGUGCCGAUGUUACGACGUGCCCCUGGAGUUCCGCGCUCGUUCCCCACGCCUGCUGCCCCCGCAGUACGGGGAAGACGUGAAGAGGAUCAUCUAUGAAGACGUGGCGAGGGAUUGGUACUCCAUGACGGCGUAUGGGGACGACGAGGAUUAUGACUUGCUUUGAGAUCACGUAUGCGAACCACAUGGAUUAUUGGAAACCCCACCUAGUUGAAUACAAAAUUAUUUUAUAGUCACUAAUACCUUAUCUCAUGCUAAACUCUUGUUAAUUUUGUACUUUACCUAAUUUGUGGUGUCAGAUACAGGUCAGAUGUUUGUAAUCAUAAUCAUAAUCAUGAUUAGUACUCGUAGUACCUUGGUACCUGUAAUUUAUGUUUAUUUAAAGACAGGGAUAUAUUAAGUACUCAGUCUUCUUGUAGAUGGAUUAUUUACUCGUUCGUAAGUAUUUAUUAUUUAUUUGUAAGCUAACAUACUGUAAGCUGUAAGGAAAGAAAAAUAUCUGUAAGUAUAAAACCUCUGGCACACAGCUGGCGCGUAACAUUUCCACAAAUUGACAGCUGCGAACUUCCGUAAGUAGGUACGCGAAGUUUGAAGUCCGCAGACCACAGUUAAGGAUUGGACU